AUAUGAAGAGCGUAAAACAGCAUAUGAAGGAAUUGAGUAGUCUUAGAGGUAUAUUGAAGAAAAGACAUGGGGAGAGACAGGUGAUGCUAAGGUUAAAUGGCAUUUUUAAUAACAAGUUCAAAGCAAGCGCAAAUAAAGCUUCACAAACAAGGAAGCCAAAGAGGAACCUUAGUAGAAAUAAGAAGCUAUGACUUUCACUGUCUUUCAAAAAGGAGAAAAAUUCAGUGUUUAGUCCUAGAAGAACUCUAGGCGUUAAGAUUAAGACCGAGACAAAACCAUCAGAAAGAAAGAGGACUAGUGCUAUAAACAAUUUAUCAGCUGAAGACCACAAGAGCUACCUUGUACAUUCCUACAUGAUUGAAAGAGUCAUUUCAAAAAUAGAGAGCAACAAAAUUGUAAACGGGAGGUUCGUAUCACCACAGAAGCUGAUCAGGAAGGUUCAGAAUUUUAGAAGCCUAGAGAGAGCAAUAAUUAUGAAUGGAGAUAAAGUAAACAAGACAUUUUGACAGUUGCCCGAUAUUGCGAAAGUGAACUAA